CCCGCUCCUCCUCCUCCUCCUCCUCCUCCUCUGAGCUGCUGCUGGUGCUGAUGCUGUUUGGUCACAUUUGCGCGGCGGCGAAUGCACGAGCUGCUUUGCGGUUUGUCUUCACCGGAGCAUCAUCAGAUACACGCGCUACCGGAAUUAUAACUCAGAGAUGCAGCAUCUCUCCACUCAGGAGACACCGAUCGGAACCAAAGUGCGCAAGUGAGCUGAGAAGAAAGGAAGCACAGAAGAGAUUGAGACAGCUCCCUUUAAAAGCAGACAAUCUCCAUCUCCACACCUGGUGCUCUGAUCUACUUUAGCCAUUUAAUGAACAACUAAACUGCAAUAAUCUCACCACACAAAUCUGCUGGACAAAACAUCAAAAAAUCAGCACGUCACACCAUCGACCCGUCCCUGACUCACCCUUGAUGUCCCAUGCCAUGUUGAUUAAAGUGGACACGAAAGGACAAUCUAAAAACAAAUAAAGACAAAACAGCAAAAUCGAACACUUCAUCUUCUCUAAUCUGCUUUAUUUCCUUCUCAGUGGCAUCAUGGUGUCCCAGGCCAAGACGAUCGUAUCAGUGGAGGACAGACAAGCAAGAAACUGAGAUAGUUGCCUCUAAAAAAGAGAUACUGUGACUCACAAAAAACAACAAAUAGCAAAAAACAACAGAUAUCCAGUUCAUGCAUGAUGUCCAUCAGGUAAUUAAAGUGGACAUGGAUGAAUAGCAAAACCCAUCACACUGAGCAAACAGAGACAACGUUGGACAUACACUGGAUGAGUAAACAAAAAAGUGCAAAAAAAAACAACAACAACAACAACCCUACAAGGACCUCACAAAGACAUGAAUAAAUGAGACCAAGUGGAUGGUUGGCUCUAGAUCUCCUGGACAAAAAUUGAGCAACAACAUAUAAUAAUAAUAAUAAUAAUAAUAAUAAUAAUAAUAAUAAUAAUAAACUUCUUUUCGAAGCAUGAUUUGUCCAUAAUCAAUCCCCAUGUUGGUGAAAAAGAGAAAACAACAUAAUAAUAACAAAAUAAUAAUCAAAAAACAAAAAUAACAAAAUAUCAACCCCCCUAUAGAGCCGUUAACUCUUGAGGUUGUCCCCAUGGUGAUCAAAUUCAAGGGACAAAAAAGAAACAAAAGAAAAUUAGCAGCAUGACUCGUCCCUAGCCUACUUUAUUUUCUCCAUAAUGUCCCCAUUAACAUGGAUGAGGACAAAAAAACAAAUGCUCCUUCAGCACAAAUCAACCAAAAAUGCCAAGUAAUGAGAAAAAUGGCUGCCUCAUAGCAGUUCCUCAUUCCUAACCUCCUUAUUUAUUUCCUCCAUGAUGUCCACAUGGUAAUUAAAGUAGACAAAUUUGGACAAAUGAACCAAUGAGCAAAUGCCAACAAAACCAGCACUUUACUUUGUCAUGUUGUCGUCUUUGUUGUCAUCCUCACUGUGAUUAACGUGCACAGGAACAGACAAGUGGGCAACAUUAAAAAAAAAAAUUGCUCACAAAGCUAACUAACUUGUCCUUAUCACAGUUUCCCUCCUCUCCGAUGUCCCCGUGCUGAUCAGAGUGGAUGUGGAUGGACAAACAAUCAAACAACAAAAUAGCAAAACACUCCCAUCCCUGACACCUCCAUUAUGUCUUAGUGUUGUGAUUCAAUUGGACGUGGACAAGGGACAAUAUGCGGUUGUGGACAACGUCCUGGCGCUGGGUGGCAUUGGUGCUGUUGGCCUGGGCCAUGCUGCUCUUCUUUAUGGGAGGCCACCUGGUGCGUGAGAGCCAACACACACACGAAACGACACACACACGCAGAGAGCUGGCCAACAUCCUCACCAAACUCGAGCGCCUCAAACAGCAGAACCACGAGCUGCGGCGUAUGGCGCAGGCUCUAAGGAUUCCUGAAGGACAGUCCGUUAAACCUGUCUCUGCAGGUCGGCUGCGUUUUUUAGAGGAGCAGCUAAACAGAGCCAAGCAGGAGAUCCGCAACUAUCAGAGAGUGUUUGGAGAUGUAGGCCCGGGCCGUGUGCAAGAGGACUACAGGAGGAAGGUGGAGAGAGGUGUGAGGGAGUUUUGGUAUUUUCUGCGCAGUGAGGUGAAGAAGCUGAGCCACGUAGAUCCAGCUGCACUGCAGACGCACACAGAUACACUGCUGCAUGAUCUCGGCCACCAACAGAGGUCCAUCCUGACAGAUCUUCACUACCUGAGUCAAGCUGAUGGAGCAGGUGAUUGGAGGGAAAAGGAAGCGAAGGAUCUUUCCAAUCUGGUGCAGAACAGGAUCUCCUACCUGCAGAAUCCUCCAGACUGCAGUAAGGCGCGCAAGUUGGUGUGUAACAUUAAUAAGGGCUGUGGUUAUGGCUGCCAGCUGCACCAUGUGGUUUACUGCUUCAUGAUUGCAUAUGGCACCGAGCGCACACUUGUCCUCGAGUCCCACAGCUGGCGCUACGCUCCUAAUGGGUGGGAGACGGUGUUCAGGCCUCUGAGCAAUACGUGCACCGAGCGCACAGGAGCAUCCACAGGACACUGGACAGGGGAGGAUCAUGAUAGAGAUGUGCAGGUUGUGGAGUUGCCCAUCGUGGACAGUCUUCACCCCCGACCCCCCUACCUGCCUCUGGCCAUCCCUGAGGAUCUGGCCCCACGGCUUCAGAGGCUGCAUGGAGACCCCUCCGUCUGGUGGGUGUCUCAGUUCGUCAAGUACCUGGUGCGUCCUCAGCCAUGGCUGGAGAAGGAGAUGCAGGAGGCUGGCAUCAAACUGGGUUUCAAACACCCCAUCAUUGGUGUGCAUGUGAGGCGCACAGAUAAAGUGGGCACAGAGGCGGCGUUUCACCCCAUCGAGGAGUACAUGCUGCAUGUGGAGGAACAGUUCCAGCUCAUGGCCCAGCGCAUGCAGCUGGACAAAAAGAGAGUGUAUUUGGCAACUGAUGACCCCUCACUGUUACAGGAGGCCAAGAGCAAAUACCCCGAUUAUGAGUUCAUCAGUGAUAAUUCCAUCUCGUGGUCGGCUGGACUGCAUAACCGCUACACAGAGAACUCUCUCAAGGGAGUCAUCCUGGACAUCCAUUUCUUGUCCCAGACUGACUUCCUAGUCUGUACAUUCUCCUCACAGGUGUGCCGUGUGGCCUAUGAAAUCAUGCAGACUCUGCACCCAGAUGCUUCAUCAUACUUCUACUCUCUUGACGACAUCUACUAUUUUGGCGGGCAAAAUGCUCACAACCAGAUCGCCAUCUAUGCACAUCGGCCACGCACUGCCGAGGACGUCGCUCUGGAGCCUGGAGAUGUGAUUGGCGUUGCUGGAAACCACUGGGAUGGUUACUCCAAAGGACUGAACCGCAGACUGGGGCGCACAGGCCUCUAUCCAUCUUACAAAGUGAAGGAGAAAAUCGAGACAGUGAAAUACCCCACCUACCCCGAGGCAGACAAACUGCUCAACUCAGAAAAUAGAGGAAAAUAGACUGAAAGAGACAGUAAGAGACUUUAAAAACAGAGAGAGGCAUGAAGAGACUGAAACAGACUGAGACAGGUAGAGAAAGAGACAGGGUGAGAAUAAUCCCAAAGUAUUUUUUCCUGUAUAAAGCUUACUGAUAAAGGAGAGAUAAUAAGACAUAGUCCACAAAGUGAUACAUGCUGUCGAUGUGUGUGUAUGUGUGUGAGUUAAAAGAGAUGAUGUCAAGAGACAAAGAGAUAGAGAUGGAAAAAGAAAAAAUAGAUGGAAAGAAACAAUGGAAUGGAAAGAAACAGAUAUUAAGACACAGAGAGAGAGAUAUGGAAAGAGAGAAAAAGGGGCAAAUAAAAUGAUACGGAGACAAAAAAGAGAGAAAAAGACAGAGACAGACAAAAAAAGACAAAAAGAGACAGAGAUAUAGAAAAUGACAGAAUUAUACACAAAGAGGUGGAAAGAGACAGAGACAAGGACAGAUAAAAGAGAGAUUGGUGGAAAAACAUGGCAUAAAAAGAAACAAAAUGAGAGGUAAAGAAACAAACAGAAGGAUAGAAAGAGACAACAAUACACACAGAGACAGAAGGAGAUUGACAUAGGACAGAGACGUCAGAGACAAAGAUGGAAAUAGAGAAAGAGGUGAAAAGAAACAAGAGAAAGAGACAAAUUAAGACUGAGAGAAAGACAAGAAGACUGAAAGAGACAAAAAAUUAAGAGUCAGAAAGAGAGAUUUGAAAAAUGUGCGCUGACAUGGAAAGAGAUAAAAAAAAAAGGCACAGACAGUGAGAAUAAUCAACUUUGGGACUCUGUAUCAGGAAAGACAACUAAAGCAUUCGUAAGAAUGGACACACACUGAGGACACUGCUGUGUGUAUGUUUAUGUGUAUUUUUUACUCAGUGAGAAAAGAUGGAGAAGAAAAUCAUGAUGUAAAAUAUCCCAACUAUCCUGAGGCAAACGAGCUACAGACUACAGAAACAACAACCUGUACAGAGUCUGCUGAGACGGGAGGGAUAAUGAGACAUAAUCCACAAAGACAGAUCAAGGACAUGUGCUUGUGUUUUGACAUAGCACAGCCUCCUGAAUGACUCUGAUAUGGAUGGAGGCAGAGUGUCUCUGUGUUUGACUACAGGCUAUUUGGACUCGGCAACAGCUGAGCGCGAUUUACAAACCCACAACUCUGCCUCGCUUUAUAGUUUUAUUGUUAUUUAAUUGUCCCAAGGUGGUUUUAAGUCAUUUUUAAUCUUGUCUUUUAAUCUCUCUUGCCUGUUUGAUCACUAAGAAACUAGGGGAACAUGGUAAACUAGUGAGAUAGAAAGGAGAUAACAAGGAUAACUAUUAGGGUGCUUCUUAUUUCUUUAAUUGCGCUUUCUUGUUUUGUUUCCUUGCUUCUUAGUUCCUGCCUCUGAGGUUGUGAGGUAAGGUUGCAAAGAAAGAAAACAACAACAGAGGAAUGGAUGCCAAACAUUGUGCCAUGUUAGGGCAAAAAUACAUCACUAUAAAUCAACAUCAGUUAUUGAUGACUUGUUGUCCAGCAUGUUUUAACUUAUACAAUAUCUACUCUGUUGUCAUCACUGACUUGGCAUAUAAAUUCAGCCCACUUAUUGACUUUGUAUCCAUUGUUUCAUUAUUAAUAGUAUUCAUUUAGUGUUUUUUUGUUCUUAACUUAUUAUUUGUUUGAAUCUACACUGGAAAAAAAGUUCAUCGAAUUUACUUAAUUCAAAUGUGUACAUUGGUUCGACAUGAAUGAAUUUCAUUAACAUCCAACAUCCAUUGAUUUCAUACAUCCAACAUGAUGUGAGCAUGUUUUUAAAACCCUGGAAUAAAACCAAACUCCACGCAUUCACCCAAGCUCAGGAUCAAACCAAGAACCCUAGCAUUGCAGGCAGUAACAUUAUUCGCUGCGCUAUUGUGCCACACGAGUUAAUUAAGUUAAUUUAACACUAUAUUUAUUUCUUCCUGUCAGCACCAACAUCCUUGCGAGACUUCAAAACGUAAUUGGAUCACAUUAAUACAAUGUAAAUUGAUCACACUCACUCUACAUAUUUCUAACUAGUAGGCUAGGUAAUGUGCAUUUUUAAAUUAAAUUUAGUAUAGAGUUUUGAUGAGAAACUAAGAUUUUUUUUAUGUAAACUAUACAUAAUGUUUUCUCUGACCACAUGUUCCCUUUUUUUCAGUGUAGGUAGUUUUGUGAAAAUGGUAACUGUACACCAUAGGAUUAUGUCACACAUGGCUUCCACAUAAGUACCUUUCUUCUCACUCUGGAAGCCUCUGUGUGCAUUUAAUGAAUUGAUAAUUAGUAGUUCAGAGUAUUCAGCUUUGUUGGAGAUAGUAGAGCAGGCGCUCAAGAAUGUAGCUCAUACUGACUUCAUAGCGCUUCAGGGGAACUUCAGUGCUCAUCCCAGGAACAAUGGAGAUACUUGGAGGGGACUUCUGUGCAAUCCACUGAUUUUCAAAAUCAAACACUUUGCUCAAAGUUGCUCAUAAGUGUAUUUGCUACCAGAGCCCCUUGGAUUUUGUGUUUGUUUCAUCAGACUUGAGGCCAUAUCUUUUAAUCACUCAGGUAAAGAGAAGGACAGAGCUGUCAAUUUGGUGGUAAGUUGGACCUAUCACAGUAGGUGCCAACCAGAUUUAUGGAGAACCUUCUGGGUUGCUUGGGACCUUCAAUGAGAGACAAAUUCUCAUGUUCAAAAGGACUUCUCCCUUGUACCAAUUGAGGUUGGGGACAUUAAGUCACAACAGACCAUAUUCAAGUUCUCAAUCAUAGAGGCAACUGCAAGCAGCUGUGGCCUCCUGAUUCAAUUUAGAAUUAUAGAGAGCCAGAAGGGCUGUUGCAAAGGCAGUUACAGAAGCAGAAGAUCGGUCAUGGAAUUUGGAGAGGCCACUGAUAGAUUUAUGUUAGCAAAUUUCUGCUGUGCGGUUCCUGAUUUAUUGAGUUCCAAAUUGGCAGAGUGCCAUUUUACGCUCCAGGAUGGCAGAACCAGAGCUGGAAGAACUGGAGUGCGGACGAGGUGGUCGAAGUGGCAGACCUGGGAACACUUUAAUUCGGCCACUUUUUUUGGAUUUCUGCAGUCUGUUUCUCAGCCAGGGAAAAAGAUAGAACUUUGACUGAGGGCUGGACGCAUCUCAACGAGCUCUUGGCACCCUUAAAGUUUGGUGAAUUUAGGCCACGGGAGCCAGGAGCUGUAAAUUUUAAAUUUGUGGCCAUGAGGCCCCGCGUUUCUCGGGACCACAGGGCUGAAUUGGGCAGGAGCAGUCUGGCAAACUGUUCUGUGAGGAGGAGGAGAAGAGACCAUACACCAGCUCUGCUAAGCAAGUGCAUGUAAGUGUUGACCUCUACUCUGUACUGGGGAUAUUGUUGAGCAGUGGAUGGAGAACUUCGAGGAAUUAUUUAACCCAGUUCCUUCCCUUCAGUACACAGUGCCUGAUAUGUCUGUUUUUUUUUUUUUUUGUUUUUUUUUUUUUGGAGUCUUUUACUUUGGCUGCGGUUAUUAUUGCGUUUACAAUCAGCCAUAGUGUCAAGGCUGCAGAGGUGGUUGGGAUUUUGCCAGAAAUAUUGAAGGCACUGGACGAGGUUGGGGUUGUGUGUUUAACAUGCCUCUUCAAUGUUCCAUCAAGAUCUAUGGCAGUGCCCUUGGAAUGGCAAACUGAGAUGGUGGUCUCUAUUUUUUUUUAAAGGGGACGAGAGGAUGUAUUCCAUUCAUAGAAUUACACUCCUCAGCCUUCCAGCAAAAGUCUAUACCAGGGGUCUGGAGAGGAGACUGUCGGAUAGUUUGACCUAGGAUUUAGGGGGAACAAUACGGGUUACCCCAGGCUGUAGAACAAUGAACCAGCUCUUUAUGCUUGCGCAACUGUGUGAGGGGUCAUGUACAUAUGCUAAUCCAGUCUACAUGGGUUUUGUGGAUUUGGAGAUGGUGUAUGAUUUUGUGCCGGAGGUAUUGCAGGUAUUUGUGGUGGGAGGUAUUGCAGAAGUAUUGAGUAUCUGCAUCACUACUUCAUACAAUCUAGUAUGUGUUUGUGUACAGUGAGAAUUGUGUCCAUGCUCUAAGUGUUAAGCUGAAACUGUUUAAAGUGGGUGUCUUUUCUCUUAUGUGUGGUUUACAUGGACAGUAGAUCAAGGUACAAGAGGUGUCCAUUAUGGAAGGCUAGAGGUAUGUUUGAGACUAUGAUUGUCUCCUGGAAGAGUGGGAUGCUCCCUUCAGGUGAGGGGAUAGACCUUAUGCCUGGUGUAGAUCUUGGGAUCUUAUUCAUCAGUUAUGGAAAACAGAUCACAUAAGAUCAGAGGAAGCCUUGUUACAGUUACUGCACUGUUUGUGGAGGAGAAACAGGAGCUCAGUUUGAGGACAAAGCUCUGUGUUUACCAGUGAGUCUAUGCCCCUAUUCUCAAGCUGUGGCAAAUGACUGAAAGAAUGUGAGUACAACUGGUGGAAAAGAGCUUCGUGACAAUCUGGGAAAACCUCAGCGUAGAGCCACUAUUCCUUCAAAUUGAGAGGAGCCAGUAGUGGUGGUGUUGCACCUUACAAGGAUGUCCCUUGGUCAGCUCCUGCUAGAGCUGUAUGAGGCGUCCCAUUGGAUGGAGGCUCCAGAGCAAACCAAGGACCUACUGGAGUGAUUAUAUUUCUCAGUUGGCUUGGGAACAUCUAGGGAGUUCCCAGAAGGAGCUGUAGUCAGUGACUUGGGAUAGAGAUGUCUGGCCUGACCUUUUCAAUCAGUUGCCAGUUUCUAGGGCACAGGCUGAAGGUUUGAGAAGGCAAUGAGGCGUCAGUUACAGUAAUGGGAAGCACCCUAAAAAACUAGGGGAAUGAGGAGAACCUAGGGGACUUUAAAAUGAAAAGAAAGGGGAGAUGUGCAAUCUAGAAACAUGAAUCAAGGAGAACUAAAGACUAAGAAACAAGAAAAACUAGGCAAAGUAGAAACAAGUCAACUAAACAAGUACUAAGGAAUUAGCAACUAGUAAAAUUAAGGGACCCUGGAACAAGGAUAAUCAUGGAACUAGAACUGGUGGGGAAAAGGAGAACUGGGGGCCUAAAAAAUUAGGGAAACAAGGAAACUUGAUCACUGAUUCAGCUUUGUAACAUUCUCCGAUUCCUCGGGAGAGGAACUUAUUCCUCAGUCAGUCAUCGCUUGCCUUUUUAUUUUUUUCACCACCUUGGAAUUUUGUGUGAACUAUUAAAAAUAUUUAUGAUGGAAAACCGUAGAUGAUGUGUUAUAUUAGACAGCCAGCAAAGUGUGGACAAAAAAGGACAAGAUAGAAAUAUGAUAAAACUACUUAAAAACCAGCGGAAAUUGCUGAGAACUGUCCAGUUAUGUGUGGACUAAUAUUCUCAUAAGCAUGCUUGAAUUUUGUUCCUCUAUCCUUCUCAGUGUACUACACCACUUAAACACAAUGGAACAAAUGGGAAGAAUCAGGAUUGUUCAAAUGUACCAAUUCACCUGCUUAUAGAUUUAUUAUUAUUUAUCAUAUUGCUCAGUAGGUUUUUGUUUGUUUGUUUGUUUUCAAAACUUUUCAGGCUUUUCAAGCAGGUACUAAAAAUAAAAAGAAAAAUGUGUAUUUUGUGUGUGUACUAAUUCAAACUAGAAAAACCAAUACGACUACAUAUACCAGGACUAGGAACUAGGAGCAAUUAGGAAACUAAGAAUCUAGGAAAACAAGGAGAACUAGUGAACUAGAAAUAAGAGUUAGAGAGUGCUCAGGAGCAAAAAAACAGGUAACCAUAGAAGUAGGGAUCUAGAAAUGGGAAACAAGCUGAAACAAGAAAUAGGAAAUCUGAAAACUGCUACUAGAAAAGAAUAGUGCACAAAUAGAAAAACAAAGUAAGCAUAAAAAUGAGCAAAAACUUUCAUGAAAACCAGUAAGUAGGAAACAGGAAGCAAACAAGAGGCCUCUGUGACAUUAUUCAACUAAUUAGCGUUUAGAAACAUAUGGAUUUUUUCUUGAAAUACCCAUGUGCCCCUUUAAAAGCUUAUGUGUGUUUUUGUUAAUUUCUCUUUCUACUUGCAGUGUCUCUUCAGUAUUUGAAUCUGAGGUUUGUAUUUAUUUUAUAAGAAUAUUCUGAACCAUCAGAGAAUGUUUUCAAAGGAGAAAAUGUUUUCCUACUUUAUGUUCCACAGUAUUGUGUUUGAUACACCACAGAUCAAUUAAAGGGGUUGUAAGGCA